AUGGAAGACAGGAACAAUUUACAUGACGAGCUGGUCGGAGAAGUACGUGCCGGAAUUUCACUCGGUUCGUUGGGUUGCGAAGUACUUGAAAGAGACGAUGAGCUGGUCGGAGGAGUACGUACCGGGGCUUCGCUCGGUUUCUUGAACUGCGAAGUACUUGUUAAAGACGGAGUGAUGGCUAUCCAAGACAAACCAGGGCGCUGA